AUGUCAUUCCAUUUUCAAAGAUGCGAAUGUUAAUCGUCUUGAUUUUUUUAAUUCCACUAAUUGACUGUGAAGCUAUCAAACAAUGUCUAUGUAAACCUUAUGAAAAAUGCCUGAAAGCGGCACGAAAGGAACCAGUUGAGAAAUGUCUUGCUAAAUGUGAAAAAAUAUUCCCUACAUGUGGAUUCGUUGGUUGUAUGAAACAAUUUGUACCCGAAUUCAACCGAAUGAAGCAAUGCUCGUACUCUAGUAUGUAUGGUUUUAGAGGAUGCACAUCCCAAAAAUCAAAUGUUUUGAGUCGAAGAGGAAUGGAUGAAUUUCGUGAUAUUAUGAUAUCAACGAUUGAAGACAAAAUUGGAGAUUUUGAUGAAUCAAGGCAGUUUAUGAAUAAAAAAGCCGCUCGUCAAGGAGAAUGUGUAUUUGAAUGUCUGUAUCCUGGUAGAAAUGCAUGUACUCGAAAGUUGAAAUGUGAUCUUUACUUGCCACCUGAAGACGAAUUUUUCAAAACUUUCUAUUUGUGUGCUGAGGAACAACGAUUUUUCAGCAAAUCUGAGCAGAUGUAUGCUUGUAUUUCACAUCUAUUCGUGUCAAGUGAAACAGAAGAACCAAUCCGAGCGAGAGCUUCAUAACAUUACCCCUAUGACGAAUGUAAAUACUUAAUUUAUUGUUGUUUAGAUAGAUUUAUUUUAGAUUCACUUAACGAUCUUUGUUUAAAAGAAAAAUAAAACUGUCAUAAUAUUAUAAUUCCAU